AGCCCAUGAGCACAGUUCUUCACGACGCCUGUCCUCCAUCUCCAUCUCGGUCUAGCCUCGUCUCCGCCUAAUGUGCGGGGCGAGCAAUUGGAGAUGCUAACCGUAAACCUUGCCGCUCCCGAUAGGUGGUGAAUAACCUCUGCGGCGCCUUCCUCGACUUCGACGCCCAAAUGAAAUGAUGCAGACGAAAGAGGAAAAUCCAGUAGCAACUUGUAACAUAUUUGUGUCAGAUUUGUGUGUGUGUGUACAAGAAAACUACAUUCUGCUAUUCGGAAUUAUUACAUUCAGGAUAACUAUGUAUUCCAAGAAGAGGGGAUGCCAACAUCUCAUGUUUAUCAUGGUUCAUUUUUGCUCUACUGGACCAUUAAAUGAGACCAUGAUAUCAACAUUGAGCUAGUUGAAGAGAUGUUAAUGAGAGAUCACCGCUCGAUUACCAUCUACUUCAGUAUUCAGAUGAGGAAAGAGGAAGGGAGCAGUUGUUGAUUUAAAGCUUGCAAGCAAAGCAGGGGAAAGAGCGAAGAAAGGGGAAAAGCCAGCAACCAAACAAGCAGCAGCACCAGUGCACCCCAACCCAUGCCUCUCUCUCUCUCUCUCCCCCCCUCCUCCAUAUGCUAUCAAGAUGCCAUAAAGGAGAUUUUGAACUAAAUGUUAGCAGGAGAGUGGAUUAAGAUUUGUAAAGCACGUUGCUCCCUCUUUCUCUCUCUCUCUCUCUCUCUCUCACUGCGUUGUAUGGCGGGUUUGCAAGAAGUGCAUGUGAGAGAAGCAGGGAGGACAUAAAAAGCCCGCCUUUGCAUGACUGACUGAUUCAUCGGGUUCAAGCGUCUCUCCAUCUCUCUCUUUCUCUCCUGUGUUCUUUUGUUUCCUUACUGUUCGACAUUGAGAAACGUUGGUGAUGAGCAGGCAGAAGAGAAGGGGCUAUUAAGGAAGCAAAGUUUCCGUUGAUUCUUGCCGUCGACUCCGCCACCGUUUCUUCUGCCCGCCUUGUUUUGCUCCUCUCUCGGAAUGGCAGUUCAAGCCCACUACGGAUCCAACAUUUUGCUUCUGAAUAGAAGCGAGCAGGAGAAGAAGGAGAUGGACUCCUCUCCCCAGGCCGCGACGCGGGACGGAGGUGAGACAAAGUUGACUCCUUCCUGGUGCUUCCAUUUGUUUUCUUUGAGAUGGAGAUGGGUCUGCUGUUGGGCAGUGAAUAAGGAAGCGCGGAAGAGAGGGAGGGAGGCCGCCGGCGUACCAAUGGCGCCGUCGCCGCCGCCGCAGCAGCAGCAGCAGAGCCGCCUUUUAAGCUUCCUCUCGAUGAAACCACAACCUUGUUCGCCGGCACCUGUGAGCAUCGCCGAGCUCCAAAUGCACCCGCCGUCCCAGGUUUCUCCUGGCCUCCGUCUCACCGCCGAAGAGAAGCGACGCCACAGGAGAGAGACGCAAUCCAAUCCCCUUCUCUCCUCCGCUUCCUCUUCCUCUUCCACUGUCUUACAUGAAGAACUUGUCGCACUUGUUAACCAUCAGAGGGACGAAAUCGAGACGCUUCUCCUUGCUCAGGAGGAGCAGCUGCGGCGGGCAUUGGCGGAGCGACGGCAGAGGCACUACCGUGCUUUGUUGAAUGCGGCGGAGGAGUCAGCGGCGCGGCGGUUGCGGGAGAAGGAAGCGGAGGUGGGGCGGUUAGCCCGGCGUCGCGGCGAGCUCGAAAACCGCCUCGCCCUCCUCCGGACCGAGACGAUGGCGUGGCAGGCCAAGGCCAUGGCAGACCAGGUGACGGCGGCCGCCCUCAACGCCCAGCUCGAGAAGGCAGCUGCGGCCCCGGAGAGGAAAGAGAUUUCCGGCGAUUCGCCGCUAGCGGAGGACGCCGAGUCGGGCUUCGAGGACCCGGACCGGGUCGAGCGGGAGCGGGCGUGCCGGUCGUGCCAGUAUCGCCGGGCGUCAGUCGUGCUCCUCCCCUGCCGCCACCUCUGCCUCUGCGACGCCUGCGACGCGGCCUCAGACUCAUGCCCGGUUUGCCGCUGUGUCACAACUGGUAGCGUCCGAGUCCUCCUCUCCUAAGCUCCUCCAGGCCAAGCCGUCGCCUCCACCCACGAGCAGCUCCAUCACCAAUCCCUCCAAACUCCGACUCCGAAAGAAGGGAAAAAAAAGAAGAAGAAGAAGAAGAAUUAAACCCCGUCCCAAAAAAAAUAAAAAUAACUCUUUUUAUUUCGGAGAAUUCUUUGUUACUGGAUUCAGGUGGACAGCAUUUAGUUCAAGAUUUGCAAAGAUGUGUCCUUUAAUCGGCAUGAAAUAUGUACCCUUCUUUAUGUACUAAUUAUCUUCCCUGCUCUAUCA